CAUAAAAUCCUCUCCAUUUCUAAAUCCAUGGAGUCGACGGACACAGCUCCUGAAAAAUGGCUUCCGCCCUCCAUCUGAACUGCUACUCCAUCUCCGCCGCUCGCACUUCUUUCAUUCCCACAACGUAUAAUACAAUCAGGAGUAUAUCCAUAUAUGCGCCUCACAGAAGAAUCAGAACGAGAACAUCGCAUUCCCAUACGAAUCGUCAGCCGCUGAUUCUCGCAUACAAGAAUCAAAUUGAGAAAUCCAUCCCGUGGUCUAUAGGUUUGGGGUCCACUCCAGAUCUCUGUUUCAGGUGGCUGAAAUACUUUAAUUUCUCCGGUAGAUUGGCUUAUGGAUUCGUCGGUAUUUUCUUUUUGUCCCUGAACUUUGUUGCAGAGGCACAUGACAAUGCAGCUCUUUCGUUGAGAUAUGCAUGUGAAGAUGUUUCUCAUUACUAUUCCCAUGUGGAACGGAUGGAAGGAGCUGCAUUGAUGAAAGAACUGAACUCCAUCGUCUCUCAUCACCAGUCCUUGCCUUACAAAGAGGUAUGGAAUGCUCUCAAGAUUCUUGAUGCAGCUGAUGUUGAUGACCCGGAAGCCUCUUCAGAUGUUGUAGAAAUCUACUCCUUGAGAGCUGUCUCCAAAUCAUUAGCGGGAAAACCAGAAGGAUGGAACAGGGAACAUUUAUGGCCUCGUUCAUAUGGACUAACAGACGGUCCGUCCUUGACUGAUUUACACAAUAUUCGCCCUGCAGAUGUGAAUGUGAAUUCGUCAAGGGGAAACAAGUACUAUGGAGAAUGCGCUUCCUACUCAAAGGACUGCUUGAAGCCUGCAAGCAAUGAAGCUGCUUCAGACACAGAAACUGACAAGAAGAGAUGGGCCCCACCCUUACAGGUUAGGGGGGAUAUUGCAAGGUCACUAAUGUACAUGUCAGUGCGCUAUGGGUUCUCUCAGCCUAGCGGAAGCCCCAACCUGCAACUUUCUGAUUCCCCAAGCAUUGAAAGAAGAGAAAUGGGCCUUCUUUCUGCAUUGUUGAGAUGGAAUGAACUCGACCCACCAUCAAGAGCAGAGCAGUUGAGAAAUGACAGAAUAUGCAGGCUAUAUCAGCACAACAGGAACCCUUUUGUUGAUCAUCCCGAAUUUGCCAAUCUCAUAUGGAAACAUGCCAUUCCGAGCAGCCUGAAUGUGUACAAUUCCUCAAAUGCAUGGAUAAAUGAGUUCCAUUACAACAACAAAGGGAAAGACUACAACGAGUUUGUCGAAAUCCUAGUCGGACCGUCCACGAGUGCAGCUGCACUGGAGCUUGUACUAUACAAUGGAGCCAAUGGGAAGAUGUACAAGUCAUUACCAUUAGCAGAUGAAAGAGCUUUCACUGCCGCAACAGUCGGCAACUCCGGAUUCUUGAUUUACACAGCGUUCGUCCCACUUCAGAACGGUCCUGGUGAUGGUAUAGCAUUAAUUUCAGGCACGGAGGAUGGCAGUGAUCGUGAAGUAGUCCAGUUUCUUUCUUACGAUGGUGUGGUGAAAGCGAUCGAUGGCCCUGCCAAAGGUACGGUAUCGGUUGAUAUCAAGGUGCAUGAAACAGCAGGUUCCUCACAGUGUGAUUCUGUCGGAUUGACGGGAAGGAUUGGCAAAUUCAAGUGGGGAACAUUCAUUGAUGGAGCAUCGCCGGAUAUGAUCUAGUGGGCUAAGUGUAUGAGAGUCUUCCGUGCACACCAAUCUGGACCGUCCAUCAGUUCAAGUCCACUCUUCAUAGGCUGCCUUGAAAAAAUGACACCAAUUGGAUAAUCCAAACCAUCUUUUCACUGGCAUAAAAUAUGGAUGGAUGGACAAGAUCAUUUGUAGAAAAUAGGCCCAAGAAGUUUUGGUAAGCGUUGAAUCCCCUACUGUUUCCUGUGGUGUGGUCUACUUAGGCUCUAGAUCUGCCUCAUUUUGGGCUCAUGCAUUAAAAUGAGCUAGCAAAAGAUGGACGGCUUUGGUAAAGGAAGCGGAUUAGCUGUUACCUGAGUGUGGGGCCCACCUUGAUGAAUGUGUUUCAUGUCCAUGCGGCCCAUUCGUUUUUUCAGCUCAUUCGAGGAGUUAUCCCAAAGCUUUAAUUCAAGUAUUGAGAGAGACUGUAACUUGUACUGUACUUGAUCACUUAAAUAUAUUUACUCGAAGGCAUUAACACGCCGUUGUUAGUAAUGGAUUAUAGGUUUCAUCAAAUUUCAUUUACAUAUAUCACAUAUCAUACAUCAAAAUCCAAUAUAUAUUUAAUUUAACUACCUUAAAUUUAAUUAAAGACAUUUCCAUUCAAAGUCUUAAUCAAAUUAUAAAUGUCAAAUAAUUAAUUCAACUACUGGUAAAAUCAUGUCCAACAUAUUCCAAAGACUAAAAAAUAUUCUAAGAACAUUAAAUGCAAACUAUAAGAAUAAUCAUUACUGGUCCAAAGUAGUAAUGUCUGCUGAUAAGCAGGGCCACAUGUCUCGUGGGUCCUUUUCUGGCUUAGCCAUGUCUUCAUAUUCUUAAACAACUGGCUCACCUUCAAUUAU